AUGUUAUCACGGGAAGACAUGGUGAAGGAAGACGAUAAAGUCGCAUCUGCGAAUGUCGAUAUCAAAGAUGCUGAUUACGAUUACGAUCCGACGACCAUCCCGGCUGAAGAAGCCGAGAUUGAUCAGGCAUACCUGAACGCCUCUAAGCUUACUAGAUUAUUCAGAGGUACCUUAUUCCAGAUGAUCAUGUUUGGAGCCUUAUCUUUCGUCGGUCCCGCUAUGUCAGAUGCUAUAACCAAUCUUGGAGGAGGUGGUCUGUCAACGCCUUACUUAGCAAAUCUGGCAACAGCAUUGCAAUAUGCAAUGUCGUGUGUCAUGACGCUCUUCGGUGGUCCAUUGAUCAAUAAAUUUGGUAUAAAAUGGUCAUGCAUGAUCGCUGCUGUAACCUUCCCUCUUGCUGGGUCCGGCUACUACGUCAGUGCGAAAUUUGAUGUAGAUUGGUAUCUCUUGUUCAGUAGGGUACUUGGAGGGCUUACCUCAGGGUUCUUGUAUGUCGGUGAAACCACUGCGAUGCUUUCGUACCCUCAUGUACACGAACGAGGUCGUUAUCUAGGUAUCUGGUCCGCGAUGCGUAAUUCGGGCAGUGUUAUGGGAGGCGCUAUUAACUUCUCUACCAACAACACACAAUCCUCAUCUGGAGGUAUUGCCUGGUCAACAUAUCUGAUUUUCAUUGGUUUCGAGUGCACUGGUGUGGUCUGGGCGUUCUUGUUAUCGAAAACCUCGAAAGUGAGAAGAAGCGAUGGCACCAAAGUCCCCUACUCGAAGGAUCUGUCCUGGAAAGAGGAGUUUGGUGCUUUGAUCAAACACGCACAGAACAAAAGGACCUGGCUGGUUUUCCUACCUGCCUUCUACUCAUUCUUCUACGGCGGUGUUUACGGAACAUACCUCUCCUUGCACUUUUCGGUCCGGGCUAGAGCUUUGUCGUCCUUGAUCGUCCCCACUAUCGUCAUCCCAAUGGUCAUGGCAUACGGUGCUAUGCUCGAUAAUAAGCGAUGGAGCCAAAAGACAAAAGGAUGGGUAGCAUUUGCCAUGUGGGCCAUCCCUCAAGCGGCAUGUUUGAUCUGGACCGGUAUAGAAUACGGUAAAUUCGCCAAAGAGGGUACUAUAGCGUUUGAUUAUCAAACGCAUGGUCGACGAUGGGCUGAAGCUUACCUGCCAUACCUGAUAAUCUUCACAACCGGUUACUGGACUCAACUUUCCAUCUACUGGAUUCUCGGAACAUUCUCAACCGAUGUCAAAUCCUCUUCAAGAACCGGUGGUCUAUUUAGAGCGUUUGAAACUGCUGGUCAAGCUGUCUCGUACGCCAUCAAUGCCAAUACGGGAGAUAAGAGGAUUCCCUUAUACGUACUUUGUGCGAUCUUCGCUUUGACCUUACCUUGUAUGACGGCUUUGAUCAAGCUCAUCCCCGAAAAACCAGCGGACAAUGAUGAUAUCGCUGAUGGACAGGUAGUAUACGCCAGAGAGCAGAUGGAACAAUCUACCUCGUAG